CCUCCAGUACGAAACAGGUUCUUCGUUAUACUCGCAAAGUGAGGCCAUUUGGAGUGUUGGUGCGUUCGAAGUUGUUUCUAUUGUACUCGUGAGAACAAAUGUGAACCUGCGGAUUAGGUGAUCGUUGUUUUUUUGUGUUUUGUGUGAUUUAGUGAAUUUUUUUGGUAAACCAUGCCGUGCUCCGCAGUUACCCUCAGUUUGGCGACAAUUACUUCUAUUAUCGCCGUUGCCUUAUUAGCGAUCGCUUUCGCCACCGAUAAUUGGUUAUACAUCGAAGUAAAGCGAUCUAAUAUACAGAGCCUAUUCAAUAAUCAGCGGGAUUCGGCAUUAGUGGACAGUUUAAAUUCAAAGUAUUACUACUACACGAGAACAAAAGGACUUUUUAGGAUAUGUUAUCCGAAGGAACGUCCCCCAACAGUUAAAACCUACUUAAGCCCAGUGGAGACACACUGCAACAACAUCAACUACUUCAUUCCCGACGACAACAAUGAGACGAAAGACUUCUCCGAGGACGCUUGGAAUAAACUACAUAUGGCCCGGUCGGUUAUCGCCCUAUUCAUCUUGACGUUCAUAACAAUUUUUGCGACUUUCUGUACGGGUGUGACCGGAUGCUGGAGACGAUCGCCGUGUAAUAUUACGGCAACUGCCGUGCUAAUGCUUCUCGCGUGUCUGCUAAGCGCAGGCGCCAUGGGCUUGUGGCAUGGCGUUGAGUACUACGAGAAAGAAAAGGUUGUUGGAGAAGAAUUUUAUCAGCAAUGGAAUAAUGUUCUGCGUGAAAAUACCAGAAUCAAUUAUGACUGGAGUUACAUGCUUGCCUGGGUUGGGGUUAUUUGGUCUUUGGUCGCUGCAAUUUUAUUUUCCGGAGCAGCUAUAUGCCUGCGGGGUGAACGGGAACGUGAAGAGGCUAUCAACAUGCAGUAUCUAAUGCCUGUUUAUCCCCAAAAACAACAAUACGCUUAUGCUGGAUACGCCGUUCCACCGCCUCAGUCUUACGCCGGCCCAUGCCCUUACUACACUGCGGGAUCAGGAUAUGGUUCAUAUAACUAUUAAAAUCAUAUCUGGGAUAAAUUAUAUAGAUUUUGUUUUACAUUGACUUAAUAAAAUCGCAAGACUGUUCCACAAUAGUCUACGUCGUUGUAAAAUAUUUGUAAUAUUUGUAUUGAAUGCAUCUGACUCAAUGUGGUUCGCUAUUAACAGAUUUUUUUUACAUAAUUUAUGAUACAAUGUAUAAAUGUUUCACUUAUUUGUAUAUCAUAGGUAGAUUCUAUAGUUAAUAUUUUUAUUUAUACAUUUCGAAUAGGUAUUUACUUGACGACGUUGGUGUUCAUCCUUUGCUUAAAUGGGACUCGCCGCUCUUCGAGUUGGUAUUUUGUGAUUGGUAGUGCCUUGUAUUUGGGAUGAAUAUCGGCUUUGGUUGAAUUACAAAAAAUAGCAAUGUUGGUGCAUUACUUACAGG